UACAAAUCGAAACACGAAAACCAAAAGAUAACCUAAUACAUUCAACCGACAUCAUUGAAAAUACAAUUUAAAAAUAGCGACUACUUUAACAAGACAUAAAACAAGCUAUUUUCAUAACAAUAUCUAGAAAUGGCAGACGAUACUGAAAAUGUAGCUGUUAUGACCGUAAAAGAACCUUUGGAUUUGAUAAGGCUUAGCUUAGAUGAGAGAAUUUAUGUUAAAAUGCGUAAUGAACGAGAGCUCAGAGGCAAACUGCAUGCCUAUGAUCAACAUCUGAAUAUGGUAUUAGGAGAUGCCGAAGAAACUAUAACAACCGUUGAAAUCGACGAAGAAACAUACGAAGAAGUGUACAGAACUACAAAACGAACUAUUCCUAUGUUAUUUGUAAGAGGAGAUGGUGUCAUACUUGUUUCACCACCAGUACGUGUUAGUAUUUAAACUGAUAUCAUUUAAGUAUAAUAAAACUUUAACUAAUAAACCAUCUUUAUUUGUAAUAAAAUUCUUAUCUUCAGUUUUUGAUUCUUAAUCUACAAUUUUUUUUCAUUUUUUAUAUUUAUAAUUAAUUACGAAUUAGCACUUAAACCUCAUUCGU